AUGGAUUCUUUCUCUGUAAAGGACAUUUCGUGUCCGGUUUGCUGUGAGAUCUUCAGGGCUCCCGUUCUUCUGUCAUGUAGUCACAGUUUCUGUAAAGAGUGUCUUCAACAGUUCUGGUUAACCAAGACCACUCGGGAGUGUCCUGUCUGCUGGAGAAGAUCCUCAAGGGAUGAUCCUCCAUGUAAUCUUGUGUUAAAAAACUUGUGUGAGUCAUUUCUGAAGAAGGAAAGAAAUGAGGAGCUCUGCAGUUUACACGGUGAGAUACUCAAGCUCUUCUGUCUGGAGGACAAACAGCCUGUGUGUGUAGUGUGCAGAGACUCACAGAAACACCUCAAUCACACGUUCAGACCCAUCAGUGAAGUAGUUUCAUCUCACAAGGAAGAGCUGAAAUCCUUACAAGAAAAACUUAAACACCGAGAGAAAAUCAAAGAAGAGUGUGUGAAAAUAUUUCAACACAUUCAGUGUCAGUCGGAGCGCACGGAGCGUCAAAUUAACCUGGAGUUUGAGAAGCUCCAUCAGUUUCUCAGAGAUGAAGAAGAGAUUGCACUCACCGCGCUGAGGGAGGAAAAAGAGCGGAAGAAUCAGAUGAUGCAGGAGAAGUUUGAGGAGAUCAACAGACACAUCUCAGCUCUUUCACACACAAUCACAGACUUGGAGAAGAUGAUGAAUGCCAAUCAAGUGUUGUUUCUAAAGAACUUUCCGGAUGCGAUGGAGAGAGUCCAGAGCUUUCGGUCGGAUCCACAGCUGGCUUCUGGAGCUUUGAUAGACGUGGCACAUUACCUGGGAAACCUGCCAUUCAGAGCCUGGAAGAAGAUGCAAGACGUCGUCCAAAACACUCCUGUGAUUCUGGAUCCCAACACUGCUUAUCCAGGUCUCCUCUUGUCUGAUGAUCUGACCAGUCUGGUGUGCAGCACCAACAGUCAAGCGCUUCCUAAUAAUCCAGAGAGAUUCGACGAGCACUCCUGCGUUCUGGGUUCAGAGGGGUUUAACUCAGGAACGCACUGCUGGGACGUGGACGUCAAAGAGAGCUCGUCCUGGGGCCUUGGAGUAACCACGGCAUCAAACCAGAGGAAGGGUUAUGAUUUCUUUGACAGGGGUGUGUGGAGUGUGCAGCACAGACUGUUUGAAGAGUCUGGUUUUCCUGUCGAACAACAGCUGGAGCGGGUGAGAGUUCAGCUGGACUUCGACAAAGGAACGGUGUCUUUUUCUGAUCCUGUAUCUAACACUAAACUAUACACGUUCACAACCACCUUCACUGAGACCGUCUUUCCAUUCUUUUAUAGCUUUUCUCAUCUGAAGAUCUUAUAGUUGAGUUGGGGGAAGGGUAGUUGUGGCCGAAUGGUUUGAGAUUCGGACUCGUAAUCCAAAGGUUUUGAAUUUGAGUCUCAGGCCGUAAGGAAUUGUAGUUGGGGGGAGUGUAAUGUAUAGAGUUGGGUCCGAGUCCACCUUUGUCGAGUACGAGUCAAGACCAAGUCCACAAACAUCGAGUCCAAGUCCGAGUCCGAGUCCAAAAGGGGUCGAGUUGGACUCAAGUCCGAGUUCUU